AUGUUAAACGAGCCAAGUAUAUGCGAAAAGGAAGAUGUCGAGAUGAUAGAUAGCUCGCCCACAUGGAUGACACCCAUAAUCAACUAUCUUCUCAGCGAACAACUUCGAACUGACAAAAACGAGGCACGAAAACUCCUAUAUUCUGUGCCUCGCUACACGAUAGUAGAAGGCAAAUUGUAUAGAAGGGGCUAUUCGAUGCCCCUCCUACGGUGUGUUCUUCGUGCAGAAGCAAGAGAGAUCAUCAAUGAAAUCCAUGAAGGCUUUUGUGGGGACCAUAUAGUAUCAGAUAACGGGACUCAAUUUGAUAGUGAAUUAUUCACUGAGUUCUGCGAGAGGAACAAGAUAAUCAAAAGCUUCUCGUCAGUAUCCAGGUCUCAGGCAAAUGGACAAGUAGAAGUUGUUAAUAAGACCUUGAAGGAUAAUAUCAAGAAGAAACUAGACGUUGCCAAAGGUAGAUGGGUCAAUGAACUACCUCAAUUACUUUGGGCUCACAGGACAACUGAGAAGAGAGUAGCGGGUUAUACUCCAUUCUCGCUAGCAUUUGGCUCAGAGGCAAUGUUGCCAGUAUAA